UUUUAGUAAUCCAAAGCACAGUUGAAUUUUCGACUUUGAAAGCAAACUUUGAAGCAAUCGACGGGGAACAAAGUAAAAAAAAAAAGAUAACUUGGCUUUUUUUUUUCCUGUGUUUAUUAAAAAAUAUAUUAACGAUGAAAGUUGGUUUUUUAAAAAUAUCAUUGACAAUAUUACUGUCAUUAUGUACAGCUGUAAAUUGUUACAAAAUAUUGGGUGUAUUUCCGUUAAAUUCAAAAAGUCAUUUUACUGUAUUUGAAGUAUUAAUGAAGACUCUUGCUGAUCGAGGACAUCAAGUUGAUGUUGUUAGUUCAUUUCCACUCAAACAAACUUAUAAUAAUUAUCAUGAUAUUAUUGAAUUAACUCCAACAUAUCCAUCUCUUGUGAAUAAUAUUACUUAUGAUGAUAUACAUAAUAAAAUGGGAUCACUUAUUAGCAUGGUUAAAACUCAACGAGGUAACGAUGUAUGUCAUGCACUUGGAAAUUUAAAUCUCAUGAAAAUUAUUAAUAAUCCAACAUCUGAUGUAUCAUAUGAUGUUGUUAUAACUGAAAUGUUUAUUGCAAAUUGUUUUGUGGUUAUUGGACAUUUAUUAAAAGUACCAGUUGUUGGUGUUAGUACAUAUGGUAGACUUCCAUGGGUUUAUGAUAUAAUGGGUAAUCCUGAAUACACUGAUUUUAUAACAAAUGAAAUAACUGGAGAAUUUUAUCCUGGAUUUUGGAAUAGAAUGGUAUCAUUUAUUGGAAAUACUUAUGAAAAAUUGAGCUUUUAUCAUAAAACUAAAGAACAAGAUUCUAUAUUGACAAAAUAUUUUGGUAAAAAUAUACCAAAAGUUAGAGAAUUAGAGUCAAGUGUUGCUUUGACAUUGACUAAUUCACAUUUUAUUAGUCAUGGAAUGGCACCACUUGUUCCAGGAUUAAUUGAAGUUGGAGGAAUGCAUAUUGUUGAUAAACACAUUGAUCCACUAUUUAUCGACAUUGCUGAAUUUUUAGACACAAGUCAACAUGGAGUUGUUUAUGUUAAUCUUGGUGAAGAUGUUUUAUUUGAAACUUUUCCCAAGCAUAUUGUCAAUGCUUUUUAUUCAGCAUUUGAAAAAAUAAAUCCAAUAAGAGUACUUAUGAGAGUACGUGAUUUUGAUGCAUUACCAGAAGGUAUACCAACAAAUGUCGUGGUACUUCCUUAUGUACAACAAUACAGAGUACUUCAACAUCCAAAUGUUAGAGCUUUUAUAACACAUGGAGGAUUAUUGAGUGUUCAAGAAGCAAUGUCAACUGGUACAGCUAUGGUUGGUAUUCCACUUUGGGGUGAUCAUUUUGAGAAUGUUGAUAUUGUUGUCAAACAUAAUAUGGGUUUACGAGUUGAUCUUCAUUCGAUUACUGAAAAUUCUCUUGGGCUUGCGCUCAAUACAACACUCAGAAAUUCAACAUACAGAGAUAAUGCUCGUAAAAUGAAAAACAAAUUCUUUGAUAGACCAGAAGUACCAGUUGACACUGCUUGUUACUGGAUCGAAUAUGUCGUCAAGCAUGGAUCAAAUUCUUUGAAAUAUCAUAUGAUGAAAUUAUCAUUAUUCCAAUCACUUUAUUUUGAUGUAUUUAGUUUCUUUACUUUAAUUAUUCUUACAGUGAUUUUCUUCUUCAUGUUGUUUAUUAACUUUAUGAUGAUGAAAUUCGUUGGAAAACUUAGAAGUCAGCCAAAGUCUAAAAAAUUGUUAUUGCUUUGUAUUAUUAAAUUAGAUAUUUGUGUAGGUUACAGAAUAUUAGGUAUAUUUCCAAUAAAUGUUAAAAGUCAUAUGAUGAUGUUUGAACAAUUAAUGAAAGGUUUGGCAUUACGUGGACAUCAAGUUGAUGUUGUCAGUACAUUUCGUCAAAAAACACCAAUACCAAAUUAUUCUGAUAUAAUAUUACCAUCAGUACUACCAAAAGUUGUUAAUAAUAAAAGUUAUGCUGAUUUAGAAAGAUCAACUGAUAAUAAUAAUAUGGUUUAUGGUGUAACAACUAAAUUUGGUAAUUUUAAUUGUGAAAAAGGUCUUCAUGAUCCACAGCUACAAAAAAUCAUUAAUGAUCCACCUGGUAAUCCACCUUAUGAUUUAGUUAUUGUUGAGAUUUUUGCUGCACAUUGUUUCAUGGCAUUUGGACAUCACUUGAAUAUUCCAGUUAUUGGUAUAUCAUCAUCUACUUUGUAUCCAUGGGGUCAUGAUAUGAUUGGUAAUCCAGAAAAUUUAGCAUUUUCAACAAAUAAUUUAUGGGGUUAUGCUGAAAAAUUAACAUUUUCAUAUCGUUUUUAUAAUGUUUUACAUACAUUUUAUUAUAAAUAUUUUUUUAAUUAUUAUACAUCACAACAAACUGAUAUUAUUAAAAAACAUUUUGGUGAAAAUACACCAAAUAUCAGAGAAUUAGAAAAAAAUUUGGCUCUUAUAUUGACAAAUUCACAUCCAGCAUUACAAGGUGCUAAACCUCAUGCACCAGCACUCAUUGAAGUUGGUGGACUUCAUGUACAAGAUGAUGGUCCAGAAAUAUCAAAAGAGGAUAAAAAAUGGCUGGAUGAAAGUACUAAUGGAUUUGUUUAUUUUACAUUUGGAUCAAUGGUUAUGAUUGAAUCAUUUCCAUUGAGUUCAAUUCAUGCAUUUUAUAAAUCUUUUGCUAAAAUAGCACCAAUAAGAAUACUCAUGAAAGCUCCACAAACUGAAAAAUUACCUCCAGGACUUCCUGAUAAUGUUCGUACCUUUUCCUGGACAUCACAGAUCAAAGUUCUCAAACAUAAAAAUAUCAGAGCAUUUAUAACUCAUGGAGGACUAAUGGGAAGCCAAGAAGCAAUUACCUAUGCAGUACCAAUGAUUGGUAUUCCACUUUUUGCUGAACAAUUUGCAAAUGUAAAUUUAUUUGUUGAAAAAAAAAUUGCCAUAAGACUAGACUACCAGGAUAUUACAGAAGAAAAAAUGGAUUUUGCUUUAAAAGAAAUCCUCUAUAAUCCCAUGUACAAAAAUAAAGUUAAAGAACUGUCUGUAAAAUUUUUGGAUCGACCAUUAAGUGCUCUGGAUACUGCUUGUUACUGGGUUGAAUAUAUUGGAAGACAUGGAAAUGAUGCACUCAGAUCACCAUCAUUGGAUUAUUCAUGGUGGCAACUACAACUUCUAGAUGUUUAUGUUGCAAUUUUUAUUAUCAUUUUAUUAUUAAUCAGUCUUUUGUUUAUUAUUAUUGAUUUUAUAACUAAAAUUUUAUGCAAAAAAUUAAAA